AGGCCAAAAGUGAAUCCGAUAUACAAUUAAUAUGCGAUAACUAUAUAGACAUACAAUCGAUGACUAUAUCUGUGCCCAGAGUUGUGGUCAACAAAACCAGACAACUCUUAGACAACUACGACAACGACUCGCAUAUCAUUAAAUCGAUGCCAUCGUUGGAUGAGUUCCGGUGCAGAACCGAAGCCAACAAAUGUGUGAUUGAUAUGCAGUUAAGUGAUCGCAAGAAUCCGAUGUCCGUUGUGUUGGAUAAACAACAGCUCAAAGACAUGACUGAAGGCAUGGCUGCUAUAAGACAACAACUCUUCGACGCCACCCAUAAAUCCGAUUAA